CUUUUGACUCUGAGACUCUCCUCUCCUCUCCUCUCUUCUUCUCCUUCGCUUGAAACAACGUUCGUCUCUGCGAUCUGAAGGUGAAAGAUGGGUUAUAUCGGAGAGACCAUAGAUUCAAUCAAAUCUAUACAGAUCCGUCAGCUUCUCACUCAGGCCAUAAGCCUUGGGAUGAUUGUGACGUCUGCUUUGAUCAUAUGGAAAGCUUUGAUGUGUGUUACUGGAAGUGAAUCUCCUGUGGUUGUUGUUCUCUCUGGAAGCAUGGAACCUGGUUUUAAGAGGGGGGAUAUUUUGUUCUUGCACAUGAGUAAGGAUCCCAUUCGAGCUGGCGAGAUUGUUGUUUUCAAUGUUGAUGGUCGUGAUAUUCCAAUUGUUCAUCGUGUCAUUAAGGUUCACGAAAGGGAAAAUACAGGGGAAGUUGAUGUUUUGACAAAAGGUGACAAUAACUACGGAGAUGACAGACUUCUUUAUGCUGAGGGUCAGCAAUGGCUUCAUCGACAUCAUAUAAUGGGUCGUGCUGUCGGGUUCUUGCCUUAUGUUGGAUGGGUGACUAUAAUCAUGACAGAAAAGCCUAUCAUCAAGUAUAUUCUCAUAGGUGCAUUGGGUUUACUUGUUAUAACGUCAAAGGAUUGAAGUGUUUUGGAGAUGGUCUCUGCAGGCCCUUGUGUGUUAUCAUCCUUGUUGUCUUGUUAUAUCAACUUGGUCAUUUUGUGGUUUAGACCACUUCUAAAACUGUAUGAUCAGAAGCUAACUUUUUAAUCGUGGAGAUUAGUUUUACCCCCCAGAAUUCCAAACUUGCUUAUUUAUGAACAGCAAUAU